AUGGAAGACUCGGAGCUUGAACUGUUGCGCCAAGGGUGCUUGGCCGCGAAAGACGUGUCGUACAGCCCGUACUCCAGGUACAGGGUCGGGUGCUGCAUACUGGUCAGGGAUGGCGAGCGGGUGAUCAAGGUCACAGGUGCCAAUGUGGAGAACGCAAGUUACGGUGGCACGAUAUGUGCAGAACGGGUCGCCAUCACAAAGGCAAUGACUACCGUGGAGACCAGGGACCCCUCGCAGUGGGUGGCCCUCGGAAUAAUGGGUGACUCCUUGCAGGACUGCAUAUCGCCUUGCGGUAUAUGCAGACAGGUUAUCAGAGAGUUCGUAAACCCCAAGACUGGCCAAGUGCCCAUUGUGAUGUUCAAUGGAGACGGCUCCAACUACAAGAAAGUGAGCUUGGAGGAAAUCCUGCCUAUGAGCUUCGGACCUGAAAGCCUCGCCUUAUAG